AUGCCGUCAACGCCGUCAGAGGUGGACGUCACGCCCGGGAUAUCCGAGUUUACACCAGACCACAAGUCCAUUCGAUUCGAGACAAUGACUCGGAACGUGUGGUUGAGGCCGCUACGAGAGACGCAAAUUCACAAGAACUACAAGAAGCUGCUUGCCUUCUACGCGGAUUGUCAAGAUUUCAUGCGAAGUGGUGUGGUCACCGAAGUGCGCUACGUUGUUGGCAGCGAGAACGAUCCCGACAUCGACACACCGGGCAAGAACACGAAAGCCGAGGCCAAUGCGAUGGUGGUGUAUUGCGUGUACAUGUAUCUUUCUUAUGCAUUCUAG